AUAGCAAAACAGGAUCCAACAGCCACGACUGGACAGCAUAUAGGAAGGGUACGGAUAAAACAAGAGGAACAGCAGACCAAAGAGAAGAUCAGACAGGCAGAACAGAAACUUGAACAGAUGCAGCAUCACAGUGAGAUUCAGGAGGCCAUGGUCAGCAGCCUUCGUGCAGAGGUCACAAGGUUACGGGACAAGGACGAGCGGGCACAGAAGGUCCUGCUGGACCACAAGCAGGAGAUACAGCAGCAGAUGGAACAGCAGACCAAAGAGAAGAUCAGACAGGCAGAACAGAAACUUGAACAGAUGCAGCACCACAGUAAGAUUCAGGAGGCCAUGGUCAACAGUCUUCAUGCAGAGGUCACCGGGUUAAGGGAAAAGGGCGAGCGGGCACAGAAGGUCCUGCUGGACCACAAGCAGGAGAUACAGCAGCUUCAGGAGGCUAAUGUUUCCAUGGCAACCCGUCUGGAAAACUUUGUAGAGGAGAACGAGAAGCUCAGAAGUCACGUCGUGCUUCUUGGGGGCGAACAACAUGCUGACGAACAGACGACUGUGGUAUUGGAGCGGACCAUCCUGAUGUUCACUGAAACCGUCCUGCGGAAGUUCAGACAGAGCAAACCAAACCUACAGGAGACAGAACUGGNCUGCUUCAGCAGUAUGAAACUCAUAUUCCCGAACCUUGUCCGUUUUACAGAGAGCAACCUGCUGACCAAGCUGAGCUGCAGACUUGGUUCUGACUGGCGGCGGCUGGGAGCUGCGAUGGGGAUCCCACAGUCACGACUGGACAGCAUACAGGCAGGGUACAGCAACGCCAUCCAGCGGGCCUGCAAUGUACUGACGGUCUGGAUGGGUGAAGGGGACCACGGACUUCCGCACGACCUCAAGCAGCUGGAGACAGUCUUAAGAGACUUGGACAGGGCUGAUCUCUUAGACAUUGUGAAAACUGCCUGUAAGGAGUACAUAAAGGAGAUGCCGGAGGUGGAGGUGGAACCCGAGGCUUCUGUGGAUGAGCAGGGAGUUACGACAUGGUCUGUCCAACUGCCCGGCCGGGGGAAGUAUGUGUGCAAACAAACCGACCUGGGGGUCGUUACCCCCUGCCCUGUCCAGCUGACCUACAGGACAGUGAACCCGUCUGAGCACUGGCCGGAGAACGAGGACUGGGAGCUGAUUGGUCCGCUCUUCCACAUCCAGUGUAACCAUGGCGACGGCGUACCCGUGGAGCUCCUCCUGCCGCACAUCCUGGACCUGACACAGGAGGAUGGGAGUGCUCUCACCACGGAUGAGGCCAAGGCUGCCCAAGUUGUGGCGGGAAACACAACACUUCACCCUGCUGACGUCACGCCUACCCACGUCAUCACCAGGCAUGAGAAGGGAAGUUUGUGGGCUCCUGUGCUGCAGAAAGUCCGAGCCCUCAUCUGGCCCAGGAGGGGUCUACUCACGCUGUUUAAAACGUCUAUCACUCAGAACGCUGUGGACGUGAAGGCUCACAUCGUCUCAAACACGAAGGACAUUGUCCAGGCAUUGAAGGAAGACAUGUCCCAGCUUGACCCCAAGUUCUACUGGUGGGACUCCAUCACCUGCCCGGGUCUCCGGCCACACCAGAUCUACUGUCUGCAGGCGGCAGUGGAGGACGGAACCCUGGACCUUGCUGACCCGGAGCCCCCUAACGGACUGGAGUAUGAAGACACUCUCGACUACAACAGGAUCUACCCGUCAUUCCACAUGACGGUCCAGAGACAUCCGGACAGUGACGUAGCCAAAUACUUUGACAAAGUCGUUGAUGGAGCCAGUUCCAAUUGGGACAACUUGGCCCGAGAGCUGAAAUUCACCCCCAACCAGAUAGAUGGCAUAGCUGAUAAGAGACCUGACCAAGACAGGAGAUGUAGGGAGAUGCUGAGGAUGUGGAGAGACAAGGUCGGAGAAGCUGCUACUCUUCAGGUCCUGAAAGAGGCUCUCAUCCAAAUCGACCAACGGUACCUUUCAGAAACGUUGGAGGACUCAUCAGAAUCUUCGGACAACUAG